AUGAUUCCAUUGCUAACCUUGACCGAUCCCCUCCAGGCCAUUGCGACAUCCUCACAGCUUCUACAGCCCCCCACAUUCCAUUUUCUCGAUAGCUCUGCCAGCGACGCCGCCGUUGGCUCAGCAUUGAUUUCAUACGACGAAGUACAGAAGCAUACCUCGGCCGAAGACUGCUGGGUAAUCAUAAACGGUUUUGUAUACGAUGUGACUGAUUUCCUUCAAUUGCACCCCGGAGGCGUCCAGGCCAUAGUGGCGCAAGCCGGGAAGGACGCCAGCAAGCUGUUCACGAUGCUUCACCCGCCCGACGCCCUUGGGACCCUCCCGACAGAGUACUGCCUCGGACCCGUGGACCCGGAGACCUUGCCGGCGCAGGAGGAGGAGGAACUCUCGGAGGCUGAGCAGCUCCGGCAAGAGGCCCGGGAGAACAUGCCCCCGGCGGAGAACAUGGUCAUGGUGCAGGACUUUGAGGACUGGGCGGAGAAGGUGUUGAGCGAGACCGCCUGGGCGUAUUAUCGAAGCGCGGCUGAUGAAGAGAUGACUUUUACUGAGAACCGCGACGCCCUGCGCCGAUACUUCUUCCGCCCACGUAUUCUGCAAAAGAACUCCACCGAGGGCAUCACCGAGACGACUUUCAUGGGCAUCCCUACCAGUGUACCGAUCUUCAUCUCGCCCGCCGCAAUGGCAAAGCUCGGACACCCUCUUGGAGAAGUCAACCUGACCAAGGCUGCUGGAGAGUGUGGAAUUGUUCAGAUGAUUUCAGCCAACUCCAGUUGUGGGCUUGAGGAAAUGUUCGAGGCCAAGCGGGAGGACCAGUCUCUCAUCUACCAGCUGUACCUCAACAAGGACCGAGCUGCCUCCGAGACUCUCAUCCAAAAAGUAGAGAAGCUGGGAGCCAAGGCCAUCGUCUUCACGGUAGACGUCAUGUGGCAGUCCAAGCGGACCAUGGAUGUCCGCGCCAAGUUGCCUUCUCCGGCUGAAGCUGCCGCAGCCGCGGCUGCUCCGGCGCCCGCCUCCGUCUCGCAUGCUAUUUCAGGAUACCAGGACUACAACCUUACGUGGAGCGAUUUGGCCUUUAUCCGGAAAAACACCAAGCUCCCCAUCAUCGUCAAGGGAGUCCAGUCGGUCGAGGAUGUCCAACUUUGCGCUGACCACGGUGUGCAAGGCGUUAUCCUCUCAAACCACGGAGGUCGCCAAGCUGACUACUCUCCCGCCCCAAUCGAUAUUCUGUAUGAAGUUCGAUCAUUGAGACCUGAAUUGUUCGACAAGGUGGAGAUCAUGAUCGACGGAGGCAUCCGCACUGGAGCCGAUGCCGUUAAGGCCCUUGCCCUCGGUGCUAAAGCCGUCGGAAUUGGACGACCGGCCCUGUAUGCGAAUGGUACACAUGGAGAGGAGGGUGUCAAGCGCGUUAUCAACAUUUUUCAAGAAGAAAUUGCAAGCACCAUGCGGAAUAUCGGUGUCAGCAAAAUUCAAGAUCUCAAGCCGGAAAUGGUCGGGCCAGCAGGGCCGUGGGUAGGACGCAACAGGCCGCCAUACGUGCCUUGA